AUGUCGUCGACAAAGGAGCCUCGCCGGAUCGGCCAGCUGGUCUACCUGAGGCCGGAGUACUUGGAGGAAUACAAAAAAUGCCACGCCGCUGUCUGGCCUGAAGUCCUGGAACAGAUCAAAGACUCCAAUAUCGUGGACUAUUCCAUCUUUUUUGUGGAUGAACCCCGACCGAUGCUCGUUGCAUCAUUCAAGUGGGUGGGCGACGAUUGGGAUGCCGACAUGGCCCGCAUGGCUGCAAACAAAAAGGUGCAGGAAUGGUGGAAUAUGACGGAUAAGAUGCAGGAGAGCCCUCAUCCGGGCGCAAAGGGAAGUGCCGCCGGCCCGUGGUGGAAGGUAAUGGAGGAGGUCUUUUACUUUAAAUAG